AUGCAGAAAUGGGGAUACAGCAUAGAUGGGGACAUUGCUUCCGAGUGUGGGGAGGAUCAGACGAUGCAACACCUUCAGGUCUGCCCCUCCUACAUUGUACCAGAGUCGUGCACUGCCGAAGAUCUGGAGUCCUUUAACCCCAAAAAGAAGUACAAGGAGAAGAAGAAGAAGAGGAGGAGGAGGAGGAGGAAGAAGAAGAAGAAGAAGAAGGGAAAGAAGAAGAAGAAGAAGGAGGAUGAGGAGGAAGAGGAAGAAGAAGACCACCACGACGACGACGACGAGGAAGGAGAAGAAGACAGCCAGAAGAAGGAGAAGGUUAAGGAAAAGCGGAAACAGAAUGUAGAGAACAACCAAACAAAAGAAGACAAAUAA